AUCACCCCUAGAAAUUCUUUUUCAGUCAAGUUGGUUACUCACUAUAAUCAGGAGACGUCCAUCAAUCGCAAUGUUAACUACCUUCGCUGGUAUUUUGAGCAGUCCGGUGGACACUGGGCACAUAUUUCAUUUUCGCGUGAAGUCAAUCGACGAUGCUGAAAGAAUCAACAUUAACUUGCAAUCGGACAAAACAAUGGAAGCAGUGAUAUUAUUACAUUUAUCAAUUCGAUUCGAAGAUCAAUGUAUAGUACAGAAUGCAAAGUUAGCUGGAGGCUGGUGCGAUCCUGAACAGGUCUGUCACCUGGCGUCAAGAGGCAUGCAGAAGAUAACAUCUGGUAAACUAUUUACUGUGUACAUCCUGGUGAGCGAUCAACAGUUCCAUAUCGCAUUUGAUGGUAGUCAUGUGUGCUCGUUUCCCAUCAAAGGACCGCUGUCUGAAAUAAAAUGCGUAACGAUUACGAAAGAUGUCCAUCAAGUUAUGUGUGCUGACCAUCGCCAAUCGUUCCCGUUUCCUUUUCCGGCAUUGCAGUCGGGUGAUAAUAGCUAUUAUUUUUCAAAUGAUGUACCAAAACCAUUCACGCCAGGUCAUGUCAUAAUCAUAACUGCAAUUCCUUUUGGCAAUCCACGUGGGGGUUUUAUCAUUAAGUUUCAAGAGAAUGGCAGUAAAAAGCAGCUCUUACAUUUCAACCCUCGGUUUGAUCCGUACUAUGUGGUGGUUCGCAAUUCUCAUGCCACAGAAGCACUAGAUUUUCGGCAAGAAGAACGUUCCGGGGGAUUUCCUUUUAUCAUCGAUCAACAAUUCAAGCUAGCCAUUGGUCUGGCGGAGCAAGAGUUCAAAUUCGCCGUCAACGGAAGUAUCUUUGAGACAUACACUUAUAAGACUCACCGUCAGCUAGAGGUGAUGAACGGAUUUCGUAUCGAAUGCACCAAUGGACUUCAGCUGGAAGUAACGGCUGUAGAUCAUUACUUUACCGGAUUACCCGAUUGUGCUGGUUUCGAAGAGUUUUCACAUCCUGAUGUAGACAUUUUGUAGCAUUAUUUUGUUUCCGUGAUGUCAAGAACCGUGGAAAACACUACGUGCCAUUUACCUUCUUUGCGAUAGAAGUUCAAAACAGGCAUGCGCUCUGAAGUAGUUUUUUUAUUUGACCAAUACGUCAUGCGUUGUUCCUACUUUAUCCAUAUUGUCAUUGUUAGUCAAUCAUCAAAUCGCUAUAUCUUGGUAUUUGAAAUACCAUUACCAUAACCAAAAAAUACUUUACUU